CUGGCUCCCCGCGCUCGCAGCCAGUCCGCGGGCCGAGCCGCCAGGAUGUGGUUCUUGUUGCUGCUGCUGUGGUUGGCCGAGGGGCUCCAGGGACCCCCGGUCAGCUACGCCACCGACGUCUACGCGAGCUCCUUAGAGAAAGUCCACUUUAAGUCGUGGAUGGCGCAGCACCAAAAGAAAUACAGCUCAGAGGAGUACCAGCACAGGCUGCAGACCUUUGUCGGCAACUGGAGGAGGAUAAGGGCCCACAACGCUGGGAACCACACGUUCAAAAUGGGGCUGAACCAGUUUUCGGACCUGAGCUUUGCGGAAAUAAAAAGCAAGUACCUUUGGUCGGAGCCUCAGAACUGCUCUGCCACCAGAGGUAACUACCUUCGGGGGAGGGGUCCCUACCCGCCGUCCGUGGACUGGAGGAAGAAAGGAAAGUUCGUGUCGCCAGUGAAAAAUCAGGGCGGCUGCGGCAGCUGCUGGACCUUCUCCACCACGGGGGCCCUGGAGUCCGCCAUCGCCAUCCAGACUGGGAAGCUACUGUCUCUGGCCGAGCAGCAGCUGGUGGACUGUGCCCAGGACUUCAACAAUCAUGGCUGCCAAGGGGGCCUCCCCAGCCAGGCCUUCGAGUACAUCCGCUACAACAAGGGCAUCAUGGGGGAAGACAGCUACCCCUACGAGGGCCAGGACAGUAACUGCAAGUUCCAGCCCAGCAAGGCCAUCGCUUUCGUGAAGGACGUGGCCAACAUCACCAUCAAUGACGAGGAGGCCAUGGUGGAAGCCGUGGCCCUGUACAACCCCGUGAGCUUCGCCUUCGAGGUCACCAGCGACUUCAUGAUGUACAAGAAAGGCGUCUACUCCAGCACUUCCUGUCAUAAAACUCCGGAUAAAGUAAACCACGCGGUCCUGGCUGUCGGGUACGGAGAGCAAAACGGGAUACCCUACUGGAUCGUGAAGAACUCCUGGGGUCCCCAGUGGGGGACAAACGGGUAAGCGGCUUCUGGGCCCCGCGCUCGGAUGGGGGGGGGCAUCAUCGCUCAGGUCCGGGGGCCUGGGGGUCCUCUCCCGCUUACACACAGGGCGUCUGAGCCGGGGUUCAGCCGGGCCCCCCAUGGAGCCCUGGGGGAGGAGCCCGAGGCUGAACCCCCACACCCCUGAGACACCCCCGUGCCGGCCUCUCCUGUCCUGGGCCCCACAUCCCAACGAUACCGUGUCGGGAACGGGGUCCGUUGUCCCAGAAGGGUCAGUGGGCGGCUCAGCCCGGAGCCAGCCCUGCGGGACGGAGCGGGCAGCUGGGAGGGCAGGGCAGCCGAGAUCAAGCCACGUGCUUCCCGUGGACCCCGGGGCCAGGGGCUGGAACGGGGGACCCUGGUGCACACCCUCGAGGGGCUCCACCGCAUGGGGCUAAGAGGGAGCCCCGGUAAAUUGUGGGGACCGUGGGAGUGCACACAGUGUGGCAGCCAGAGGGAGGGGAGGGAAAGCUGUUCCGAGUCAGGCCAUCGGUUUCCUGGCCCUCAGCCCUGGAGUCAGGUUGGGAGGCAGCAGGGGACGG